UUUUUAGAGACAACUCUACCAGCGACAUGCUCAUUCUUUACAGAAAAUAGUCAAAGACUACAAGGAUGGAUUUCUCCUCAAAGAUUUACUUGAAGUUGUCAGUAUAUUGAAUAUCUGCUGUGAUCGAUUCGAAGAAGAUGACGCUUAUAAAAAACCCUUGCAACAAAUUUUGAGUGUGUGCGGUUUGCCUUUCUUGAAGGAGAAAGCAUCGGACGAAAUGACCCAUAAUGAUCUAGCUAUGAUGGCGUUUUGUCAAAUCGGUUAUCUGAUGAGAGUGCCAUGUUUGGAAUCCCGCAAACAGAUCUGCAUCAAUUUACUGAACCUCUACACUGAUGACAUCCCAAAUCCUAAUUUAGUCAAAUACCAACCAUGCAGUAAAGAAUAUCUUGUAAAACUGAUCGAUAUGAGUGACAUGAUGUUAACGAUUGUGAAAUGCUAUCAGUUGGAAGAUGGAUCCAACCAGAAUUAUAAACUGCUGCUAUUGAAGGUGCUGCAAAAAUAUUCGCAUCAUUCUGCGCCUUGCUGUGAUCAGAUGCUGGAAGGAAACCUGCCCUAUACCCUUUGCUCACAGAUGACACCCAACGACAAAGGUGGACACCCUUUACUUCGUACAGUGGAGAUUUUGUGGAAUAUUAUGGAUAAAGCUGAGGAUGUGGAUCUCUGUAUCAAACAACUUAGUCAUUUGGAGUGCAUCAACAAACUGAAGGAUACAUUUGUGUGUCUGUUGAAGGAAGGUAAUACACAUGCCGAACGGCAGCUUCGAAACGACAUUCUCGUCAUCAUUUCUGUCAUAGCAUCUCACAACCCAAAUGCUCCAUUCAUUGAGACAGGAUUCCUGCGACAACUUGUUGCCUUUGCAAUUUAUCCAGAAGUGAAAACGCAUUCUCCUUUUAUUAAAGAUGUCAAAUUAACGAAAUGUUAUGAAGAUUUUGAGAUGAAGAAACUUCUUUAUUCCAUUCUGUGUUCGCUUAGUCAAGAAUCGGCAUCAUUACCGCUUCUCUGUUGUGGUCACUUGCUUCGUGGCCUGUUUUUCUACAUCCACAACAUUGAGACCGAUACAUCUGAUAUGGGAUGGUCAUCUUCAGAAUAUGAAGAGAUGCAGCUCCAUGUUCUGUCUUGCAUGUGUAUUGUGUGUCCCCUCCUCUUGGACAGCUUCAUGGCUUACAGUGGAACCACUCGUAUUUUGUUAUUGUUGGAAUGGUGUAUCACAAAAAGUAAUUUUAAGGGACAUGGCAACAGCUACCUCGGGGAAGGAAGCCGCGGUACUAAGAUUGCCCAAACCAGGCUCUGCUUAAGACUCAUGUUUAAUAUGAUAGCUACAAGAGAGAAAGAGAUUUUGAGAGACUUUGUUGACCAAGGAAUUUUAAAUCUGAUAGUCUCCAUGCUGGCUUUAUCCUUGAUGGAAAUUGGUCCCAGUGUCACUAUAACCAAUGAAAUGAAGUCGACCAUCUUGUUGAUUAUAUCGAUUCUCUGCGAAACUGAUGUUCAUCGAAAGGAAUUACUUGGCACCAUGGGUUUAGACAUCUUAAUGUGUUUCUUAAGAUGCGAUCUGUCAGUACUGAGCUCAGGCCUCGGUUACCAUAUUUUGAUAUUGGCCACCAUUGACUGCAUUUGGUGUGCAGUUGUUGGUUCCAGUCUCUUGGAGAACCAUUUCCUAGAGAAUGAAGGCUGUUUCCUACUUUUGGAUCUUUUGGAGGUCUUGCCUCACCACAUGAGAAGUACCAUCUUAAGCUGCCUGGUCGACCUAUGUCACACAAACAAGAAGACAAUAAGACACAUCCUUAUUUGGAGAGGUUUGAGACACAGCGUCACCGCUCCUCACCUCUUCUGUAGAAUCUGGCAGGAAGAAGAAAAAGAAAUGGAGGUGAUAAAAGACCCAAGGGGAUUAAUUACAGGUGUGAGAAAUCCUUUAGCUGGUCAGGUCCAAAGAGAGCAAGGCAUUGUACUCCAACCUGCCUCUUGUGCCAGUCCUGCUAUUGUGGAAGUAACCGAAAACAUGAGGGCCAAGAUUUAUUGUCUUUUUACCAAACUAGGUUUUAGUAACUUACCUGGACUCACAAUUCUUGAUCAUGUCACUCUGAUUCUCAUUGAAAAUUACAUGGAUUUUAAGACUGGUGAAGUAUGGGUGGAGGUGAUAGAGGAACUUGAAAAGGAGAAUGUGGCUUUGAUAGAGCAUGAUCAACAGAUAUGUAAUGCUGUCUUAGCACGGUACCACUGGUGGGGUCAGAUAACAAGAAAUGCCCAGCUAGAAUUGAUGGCAUCGUAUGAAAAGACCGAAGCUCUGGAUGAACAAGAAUGUUACGCUGAAAUGAGAAAGAAUUAUGAACAAAAAGAAAUGGAGGAUAACAUCUGGGUCCAGUUUGUGUCAAGAACAUCAAAAUAUUCGUUACUUCAAGCUGCAAAGCGUAGACAGUGUUUGUCAAUAGAAUCUUCAAGGAUACUGACUGAUUACCUGAACAGCCAAUACUUCCACAGUAUAGACAUACCAAAUUUGGGAACGACAGUGUUCAGUAACAUACAGGUGGAUAUCCAGAGUACUCCAAGAAUGGAGAGUCGCUGAAUAAACAAUAAAAAUUCAGAGGAAAGUGAAAUACUGUUGCAAUAUGUAUUUAUUUUUUAUUGCUUUUGUACCAUGUUGCAACAUGAGCGACUGAUGUGAUUUUCUUAAACUUUAAAGAACAAAUGAAGACGUGACAUGUAUAUCUAACGAGUAAUUGUAUAAUUUAAAUAUAAAAUGUUUAAAAACAAAACAUGUGGAUUGCAAGAUAACAAAGUGGAAACCACAACAAACAGCUAUUUUAGAUUCAGUUGUCGUAAAUUCUUCAAGGUCGACAAAAAUUCUACAGAUGAGGCAAAGUCCAUUAAAACUCAUUCAGUUUUAUCAGCUGAAUUAGUUAAAUCAA